AUGGCGGUUGCUGGUACUGGAACCGCUAUCCCGGUGUGGCGGUUGACUCUGAGAUCCCGUUGUAUCAAUUCUCACAGUACGGAACAUACCAGGAUUCGGUACUGGAAGGAACGGUUUCCCGGGGGCGCAGAGAUCCGAGACUACUUCAAUCACCUAGCAGAUGUCUGGGACCUCCGAAAGGACACUGUGUUCGACACCCUGGUGACCAAGGUGUGGCACGAUGGAGGGAGAUGGACCUCGACCGCGAACUCUAACAUUCUUUUUACCUCCAAGUUUGUCGUUGCUGCAUCCGGCUCCUCGCACAAGAGAUACUUGCCCUCCUGGCCAGGAAUCCAGCAAUACGGCGGUAAAAUCUACCAUUCAGCCAGUUACCCGCACGAAGGUCUGGAUGUGACGAACAAGGCCAUCGCCGUAGGAAACGGUGCCAGUGGGGUUCAAAUUCUUCAGACACUGGCCAAGGAGGACUGCCAACUUACGGCCUUCCUUGUCAACCGGCCAUCAACCUGCUGA